CCAACAUGACGGUGAAAGUGUAGCUUAGUACAUUGCUCAAUUAAAAAACUUAUCUAAAUACUGUGAGUUCGGUGCUAGUCUAAAUGACUAUUUGAAAGAUCGUCUUAUUUGUGGAAUCCGUUCAGAAUCUACUAAACAAAGACUUUUGUCAGAAGCUAAUUUGACCUUCGACAAGGCUUUUCAACUGACAUCGCAGAUUGAGAUGGCAGAGAAAAGCGCGGCAACGUUGGUGUCAGGCAGCCAUGACACCAGCUCCGUUCGCAGUGUCCAUCGGCUAAGCAACGUCUUCGGCUAUAAGCGUCACUAUAGCGGACGUGAGUCAGCGCCGAGCGGGAGAGACAACGCUUCGCGUCACCACGCCACGCCGAGUACCACACACGCACAUCAGUCCAGCAGCACUAGUGUAGUGAAGUGUAACUGUUGUUGCGCCGAAGGUCACUUCAGUAAGCAGUGUAAAUAUUACGGUUGUGUUUGCCAUAAAUGCGGCAAAACAAAUCAUUUAAAGAAGGUAUGCCGAUCUCAGGCUAGGGAAUGUUCCCAUUUUACUACACAGGAAAACACACUGACUUUACGAGGAAAGAAGCUAUUUUAACAUUAUUUUGUGCUCUAUUUUGUCUUCUAAAUCACAUUCACAUAAGUCCUGUCCAUUUCACAGUCCAGUGCUCCUCAGUGUUUGACACAGACCAUAAAAGCCUCUUUGAGUUUGUGAACCAUGCUGCCACAGUAGAAAGAUGGUUCCAGUGGGUGACACAUUACCAUACCAUUGAUAGACGACCUCCAGGAGUGGGGAAACAGUAUCGAGCAUAUUUUUACAUACCUUAUCUUGGUUACGAAAAAAUGGAUUUCAAGGUGGUUAAGUUCUCAGCAGACUCUCAUCUUAUAUUACAAUCAACUCAUGUUCUACAGCCUGAAGUGGAAGUGACAGUAUUAGCACUGGGCGCGGACAAGGCCUUGUUAACAAUGAACAUUACGUUCAAACAGGGCUCACUUCUCUACCAGUUGACUAUCGGAACAUACCUGAGGUAUAUGGCAAAAAAGCAUAUGGAAGAUGCAUUAAUGAUAUUGAGUUCUAUUAAGCAAAAUUUAAAGUUUACAUAAGACUGACUUGAAUCUUAAAUCUCAAAAUCUGUGAUCUUUUUUAAGUGAAUUAAACUAUUUCAUACGGGACUCGA